CAUGGCGACCCCGGGGGCCAAAACAUUUCACAUUUCACGGCUCGUGCUAUCUUGGCGCGCGCAUACCGCUAAACACUUCAUUUGUUUUGGCACCCCCCAUCACUGUGCGCGCGCGCGCCCCCUCCUCCCCUCACAGCCGCCUGCGCGCCGUGUUUAAGGUCCCUCAGUCAGUCAUGUGAUUGUAACGUAACCCGACCGGAAAACACCGACAACCACCGCCGCCAAUGCUGCGUCUGAGAGGAACAGAGCAGCUGCGCCGCGACCAACGGCCCGAGAGUCAGUCCGCCCGCCCGCGGGAACACACACAGCGCCGCCGCCCGACUCCACACGCGCUCACACCGAACUAAGUAGACCGGAAGCUGACUCGUCAUCUCUGUGUAGGUGGAAGUAUGGAGCUGGCCAACCACGGGCUUAUCCUCCUGCAGCAGCUCAACGCGCAGAGGGAGUUCGGCUUCCUGUGUGACUGCACAGUCGCCAUCGGUGACGUCUUCUUCAAAGCACACAAGGCCGUGCUGGCCGCCUUCUCCAACUACUUCAGGAUGUUGUUUAUUCACCAGGACAGCGAUUGCGUUCGUUUAAAGCCUGCGGACAUCCAACCCGAUAUCUUCAGCUACCUCCUCAACUUGAUGUACACUGGCAAACUGGCUCCACAGCUAAUCGACCCCGCCCGUCUAGAGCAGGGCGUGAAGUUCCUGCAUGCCUACCCCCUCAUCCAGGAGGCGAGCCUAAACAGCCAGUCCGCCUUCUCUCAUCCCGAGCCCAGCAUCCGGCUUAACACGUCUCUCUACGGCAUCCAGAUAUCCGGCCAACAGGGGGCGCAGUCCGGCCGGCUCUCCACCAAGAGGCAGUCGUCACCCGUCGACUUGGAUAGCGCAGGCGCGCUCGAUGGGAAAGGUUCUAUCGCAAACGCCUCCCUGUCGUCUGGAUCCAGACUGCAGCCGGACAUGGAGAUCGAGUUAGCAGCGGUGAGCGGCAGCCAGUUCGGGAGAGAAGGCUCCGAGGCAGACGUGUCGUCCGGGGAAAGCGGGUCAGCCUUGCCAAGCGGGAACCCAAACACCAUCCUGCACGUGAAGCCCAGCAUCAUGAAACGAAGCUCCUCGUUCCGGAAGCACUACACCUGCCACAUUUGCGGCAGUCGCUUCAACCAGCGAGUGGCUCUGAGGGAACACCUUCUGUGGCACGCCCAGGCUAUGGCGCCUCUGAUGUUGGAGUCCGGAGGUGCGAUGUCCCCCAUACUUCCCGGAGGAGCUGCCACGCCCGACGUGGAGGAAGUUCUGACCGGCGUCGGAGCAUCCGCAGCCACUCCCAUCAUGGUGGACGUUGACGUUGACCAACCUCUAUCUGGAUCGAAAGUCUCUCCGCAGGGCGAGACGGCCAUCUCGGUUCCUUCAGCAGCGGCGGCGACGUCAUCGUGCGCAGCUCAGCCGCAAGCGGACACGCCUCCUCCAUCCGACAUCGCCGACAUCGACAAUCUCGAAGGCACGGCCGAUAUCGAGCGAGAAGUGAAGAGACGGAAGUACGAGUGCCCUACCUGCGGACGCAAGUUCAUCCAGAAGAGCCACUGGCGCGAACACAUGUACAUCCACACGGGAAAGCCGUACCGCUGCAGCGCCUGCGGGAAGAGCUUCUGCCGAGCCAAUCAGGCGGCCCGACACGUCUGCAUGAGCCAAGGGGCGGAGUCGGCGUACACCAUGGUAGACCGGCAGAGCAUGGAGCUGUGCGCGGCAGACGACUCCAGCCAGAUGGAGGCCCUGUUCCUGGGCUCGUCAGGAAGACCGUACAAGUGUAACGUGUGCGAAAUGACCUUCAUCAACCCAAACGAAGUCAUCAAGCACAUGUGCUUUAAUCAGGGCGUGGUCUUGGACGGAAGCGGCUCAGGAACGGCCAGGAGCGGCGUGAACACUGACAAAGCGUCCAAAGAUGAGGGUUCUGACGUGUCUAGUGGCGGAUCUUUAGUCGCGGCCAUUAAAACAGAGGAGGUCUUGGUAGAUUAGUUUUGUUUAUGAAUAUCAUAUUUUGUUUGUUGAAGAGCAUUUUUUUUUUUUUCUUUUCUGAUGUACGGAGUGUAGAACAGGAAAUGACUUGUGCGUGUUGUAGGAAACCGUUUCUCUCUUCUACUUCACUUUUGCUUUUCCGCACAAGCAGGGAAUCGAGACGUGUUUUAUUACAGCGUGAAGCUCGUUCAGUGGGUAAUUCAGGUCAUUCACAUGUUGCACAUUGUGGUUUAAGCCUUUCCUCUUUGUAACUGUCAACAGGAAGAGGAAGUAGUGAAUUGCAAUAACCCCACCUAUGGUGAGAGCGUGCUCCUCACUGAUUCUCAAAUCCCUCUACGAUCUGAACAACGGCACAGCGUUUUUUUUUUUUUUGACAUUUAAAGCAAUAGAUGGAGCCAUCACCAUAGUCCACUUAUUAUUAUUAUUAUUAUUAUUAUUUCUACCAGCCAAAGAGUGUUAGUUUAGCAGUUUCAUUUCUCUUCCUUGAUAAACCGAUUUUUUUUUUUUUCAGGACAGAAGCGACCAAAUCGUACCUCAGCUUGUAUGGAUUUGUGUCAAAGAGGGACUUGUUUCAGUUACUCCAUCGUAAUGAAGUUAUUCUAGCCGAAAUCCAGUAGCUAGAGUCUCAGCGAUGAGCGCACAUGACAAGCUAGAGCAGUUAUUUGAGUUAAAGUUCAGCAUAUUUUAAUAUUCUUUUCUUUUUUUAAAUUAUUAUUAUUAUUAAAAUCAAUGAUUUGUGCCAACACAAUUCAACAAUUUAAAAUGAUUUUUUUUUUAAUUGAUCUGGAACCAUCAGUGAUAAAUAUGUACAGAUGUGCCAUCUUUAUUAUUUUCUUCUUUUUUUUUUAAAUUUUAUUUAUCUGUUGAUUAUUCUGUGUUUAGUGUUGAAGACAAAGACAGUCAGGGUGAAGCUACACGUACAUCAUGCAUCAUUAUCUCAGUUUGAAGGGAGAUUUUCCUUUUCUACUCGUACUCUUUUACUGUUUUUUUUUGGUGGAAUAAUUUUUUUUAAAAGCCCUUAUUUUUUUUUUUCUUUCAAAUUUUAUACACAGUCCUAUAUUUACAAAGAAUAUUUUAUAUUACAAAUGUUGUAUAUUGCAUAAAAGUGCAUCGAGCGUAGAAUAUAAUCAGUUUUUAGUUUAGCGCGAGUGUAUGUAGACUUGUUUGCCUCUGCGUAUCCGGUCUUAUAUUAAUAUUUUAAUUAGAUAUAUAUUUUAAUUUUUUUAUUUUCAUUAUCUGCUGUUGCUUAUUAUUUGCUCCUUGCUCCUUCAGCUGUCAAUGCACUGAAAUUUAGGGACCUGACUACUUUUGAUGAAAUCUUCUCGGAAAGCAUGACGAUGCACUGGGGGUCAAUGUCAAACGUGCCGAAAAAGAAAUGAGCAGCUCGACAAAUAAGGAAGUUGUUAUUCUGCUUAUUAUUAUUAUUAUUAUUAUUAUUAAUGGAUUGCUUUCUGAACAAGAAAAUGGGACCGUUUGUUUUAAAAAAAAAAAAAGGAUUACUUCCUCAACAGUGUAUUUUUUUUUUUUUUCCCCCCUUUUUUUUGGUGAGGUUUCUGUAUGAGGGCAUUUAUUUUGUGAACUGAGCUACUACUGAUUGGUUAAAGACUGGGAUUUUAGAACGCGGUCUUCUUUACUCCGAGCGUUCCUUUAAUAUCGACUCCUAAUGGUCGGCGUGUACAGAUAUUACAAAUGAUAUUAUGCCAUGCUUUUUUUUUUUUUUUUUAAUUUUAUACUGUUACAUAUCUCUCCUCAUAUGCAAUUUGCUAAUGCGUUUUGUUCCGAGUUUAUUUUCGAGGCAGUUCCAGGGAGGGGGAGGGGGGGUGAAGGAUCUCUCCCUCUCCCCCAAAAUGCACAAACUCCAAAGCGAAGGCGAACCUACAGUAUACUGUGAUCUGCAGCUCCUCAGGAAAUGAACAACUGCCUCAGAAUAAAUGUGAUUUGUGAUUGUCUAGAAUGAAUAAUAAUUUUUUUUUUUUUUGCGUUAAAUUCCUUGUAAAUGUUAAUCGAAAUAAUUCGCAGUGGACAGAAUGAAUAAACAACAAUAAACAGCU